AAGUCGUUAUUCGGAGGAACCGCCGAAGAGCUGUUGCGGUCUUCUGGCCUGGAGACCCGGGUCCCUGCGAUGGUUCAUCGCUCUGAUCGCCCUCGUCGCAGUGUGCUGUGUCCUCGUUGGCACCGCUCUCGGGGCCAUGAGGCCGGCCGGCAGAGACCAUCUAACUGUAUCUCUACUUAUGAUAGGUGUUGGUAUAAUUUUGGUGACGGUGAGCGGAGUCGCUUGGAGAUUGACGUCGCACGAUUCCUCCACGUGUCGAUCGAUGCUCGGCUUGGGAUCGACGGAGUCGGUGGAGGUGUGCACCAGGAGGUUCGUGCCCAGACUACCACCAUCCUACGGAAGACCUCACCAUCCGUACGCGGCUAUGAUGUACCCGGAGUUCCAAUACCGACCUCCACCUCCCAGUUACCAAGCUUCCAUGCAAGAGUACAGACUCCGGCUUCUCCUGCUGGACCGCGGCAACACUCCGCAGAUCCAGGCGGGAAUCCAGAACGCCGUGUCUCCUCCACCAACGUACCGCAGUCACAGCGGAAGUCUGCUGAGAGCGCCUCUGUCGAGCAGAAGGGACGCCUCGCAAUCGGAAUACAGCUGUCCCCCAUCGUACCGAUCGCAAACCUCCUCAUCGAGACCGGCGACGAUGCUGCAGAACAACUCGAUCAUCCACAGCAGGGAACAAUCUCUCAGUUUGUCCGAGUCGAAUCACGGAGGUUCCGCAGUCAACGUGGUCAACAUUCUCACUACGAACGACGAGGACAUCGCCUUGGACAACAUCACCUUGGACUCGCUCAAACUGGAGCCGGAUAACGAGAUCAACCCGCUGAAGAUGCUGCUGAAAGGCAGCUCCGUCGAUCUGGAUGGAAACAAGGACGGUAACCUGGUGACGAUCGUGCAGACGAACGAUCAAAGUCCCGUCAUCGUCACCGUCAGCGGAAGCUCGCAUUCGGACACCUGCAACAGCGUUCAAAUCACCGAGAUGCCCACCGAAAUGGAGAUCCUCGCGCAUCUCUAGAACUGAACAAACAACAAGAAGCAAAACAAAACAACCUUUUAAUAUUAUUAUGAUUACUUUAAACUUCUUCCCAACUGUGAAUAAUUGUAUAAUUUAACCCUA